AUGCCGGCCGAAAGUGGCCUCGAACGAGCUUUUUUGGACUUCAGGGACAGGUGGGAGAGUGGGGACUAUGAGGUCGACUACAAGCACAGAAUCUCUCUGGCCGGCCUCGACUUCUCCCUCGGCCAUUUGAGGAUUCUCCUGCUCCAGCGCGGGUCUCCAAAGCAGUGGGAACAGGUCUCACUCGACUCUCUUGCGGGGUAUACCAACCUGGCCCAGUGGUUCCAUGCCAACUACGAGGUGGAGGAUCCUCGUUUCGGGUCUGCCGCCGACACCAAGAAUGGUAAGACUGACCUCAAAUCCAGGGGGAGGACAUCUCGUUCUUCACUGUCGGCUACUGCGCUUCGAUGGCCCAAUGCGCUCCCCUCCUUCCUCUUCCCCCAUGACGCCUCACCUCCGGAGACCAUGGGUCACUCCUUCCUGAAAAGCCGAAUCGUGGCAUACAUCUACAGAGCUUUACACCAUGGCGCAAGCACAGUAGAGCCAGGUGCCCUCGAUUCAGACAGUCGCAACGGGACCCGGUCUACUGCGCACAGUGCUUCGAUUCGAGACAUCUCGUUCUUCACUGAUGGCUACUGCGCUUCGCUGCUAUGGUUUUGUCUUUCGGGCGACGCUGCCCUCCCUGCAGCAGAUGACGAGACGAUGAACAGGCGUAAGUAA